UCCUCCUCAGCCAAAUGCAUUGAAAAGCAGUGGCGUCUUUCUUCAAGGAGUCAUUUCAGCUUUGAGAAGCGCACCACGCAGCAACCCCGCGGAGCGCACGCAACACGUGAACGGCACGAGCGGGACACACUGCCAGGAAACUUUUCCAUUCUUUAUGUUUGUGUGAACUUUUUUAUUUUAUUUUAUUUUUUUUUUACACUGGGAUGGACCUCACAGCCAAAAUGGAAAUUAGUCACCAGCAGCUGAUUCCACCUGCUUGCUUCUUCUCCGCUGCAGCGGCGGCGGCGCAGAGCAUGCACCUGAGCCCCGGCGGCAGCAGCAGCAGCAGCAUCAGCAGCGGGAAGUCUGCAUCCAAGCAGGCCAAGCGGCAGCGCUCCUCCUCCCCGGAGCUGCUGCGCUGCAAACGCAGGCUAAAUUUCGCGGGUUUCGGCUACACGCUCCCGCAGCAGCAGCCGCACGCGGUGGCGCGCAGGAACGAGCGCGAGCGCAACCGGGUCAAGCUGGUCAACAACGGCUUCGCCACCCUGCGGGAGCACGUGCCGAACGGCGCCGCCAACAAGAAGAUGAGCAAAGUGGAGACGCUGCGCUCCGCCGUGGAGUACAUCCGCGCGCUACAGCAGCUGCUGGACGAGCACGACGCCGUGAGCGCCGCCUUCCAGGCCGGCGUGCUGUCGCCCACUAUGUCGCAGGGAUACUCGGCGGACAUGAACUCCAUGACAGGCUCCCCCGUGUCCUCCUACUCAUCCGAUGAAGGCUCCUACGACCCGCUGAGUCCAGAGGAGCAGGAGCUUCUGGACUUCACCAACUGGUUUUGAGCGUCUUAAGAAUUUAGAAUCCUGCUGCGCUUUGGGAUUGUCCCGGAGGAGACUCAUAAAUAACACGCGCGCGCUUUGGUCCUUACAGACUGAACUCCAAAGGUCCUGAAAACUUUUUUUUGGGGGGGUGGGGGGACAUCAGACCACAGACCAGCGCCAAAGGACUAAAGAGACUACACUACGCGGGAGCUCCGCUUCUGUCCACAGAAAACCCACAAACCCUUGAAGAAAAGUCCUCAUUCAAAACAUUAUUUAAAACUCUUCAUCUAUGCCAAUCAUCAUCAUCAUCAUCAGCCCUGAGUUCAGAAAAAUGCUUCCAAGUCGCCGAUGUAUUCUAUUAAAUUCUAUAUUAAACGCUUUUUUUUGGGAAAUAUAUUAAGAUAUUUUUGUAUGUAAGAGAUUUAUAGAUGUUUUUGUACACAUCCUUUUGUAUAUAUUUUGUCUAUAUAUUGCGGAGUUGCUUCUAUUACCUCUUUGCCUAUAUAUGUAGACGCCUAGUCUAUUAUUCUGUGACUCUUUUGUUCACGAGGUUUCCAGGAGUUUGAGACUCCCGGAGGUUUUAUUCCAGCACCAACGUGUCUUAUUUAAAAGAAAAAAAAGCAAAAUGUUUCGUUAUGUCGUGUCACGAUGAUCAAAAACUUAUGCAGCUGUUGUCCAAACGGAGGGCGGUGGCCACGCAUCGAACCUUUACGCAGAUGUCCUCCCACGUGAUGGAAAUGAGAAGUCCUAUAUCACUAUUUUCUACACUGUAGUCCAAGAAUAAAACCCAAUGCUACUGAAA